AUAAUGUGAUGAUGUCGAGCUAAAAAAAAACUUUUAAAUCUCUGUCCCUGGUUUUCUAUUUGAUGCAAGAUUCUAAACUCUCAAGACUUUGUAACGUAAGUAACUGAGAACUCUUGUGUUCUGUUUUUUUUUAUUUUUUCAUGCAAACUGCCUAAGUUGUCUACUGUCUUGUGUUAUGUUGUGGUUGGUUUUUUUGUAAGUUAUCCUUUUUAGUUAUUGAACAUUUUUCGCAGAACAUGCAUGUUUCCUCAUCGCUUUGAAUGGUUGUUCAGUCUCAUACAGUUGGAACUAAUCGGACCAACAUGUUGGCAUACAUGUUCGUUAUAACUGAAAAAUAUUGUUAUAUAUCAAGUCUGAAUGCAAGGAUUAGAUCCUGGCAUGUAAAUUGUUCUUUGUUCAAAGACGAGAGAAUCUCAAUGUGAUUGUGAAAACAGUCAAUUCUAAACUUUUUUCGUUGACUCUAUCUACCCCCUCGUAAUGACUUCUCUUGCACAAAUUCCUUCGUUAUUAUUAGUCGAUUUCGUAUAGUGGUUACCUUGUCAUCGAAUGUUUCAUUGUUAGUAGUAUUAGAUUUUGAUUGAUGUCUGAGAAAAUUAACAGCAUAGCCUUCUUUGGUUUUGAACAGAUUGUUUUGGGGAAUGUGUUCAAGUUUAUGGAAAAGGAAACGAAAACUGAGCUUAACAUAAGCUUGAGCCGUAAACAAGUGGAAGAUUCCAUUAGUAGAAGCUCCCAUGGAGUUGAGGCUAUUGUUAGAGAGGAUCUUGUUAGAAUUAAAGCGUACCUUCUUUUUCUCCGAUAUAUGAUAGACCACAUGAAUAAGCCUUGUAAUCUAGAAAUCAGCAAUCGUUUCACUAAAAAUCUCAAGAUACGAUGGAGCAGUGGUUUGAACUUAGAUUGCAAGUCUUCAAAUGGUCUAAGCCUUGCGAGUAUAUUUCAGCUUAAAUCUACACCAUUCUUCCAAUCUAAAGAUAUGUUGUUUGAGCUUCAUAUGAUACUAUUUAUUUACGCUCUAAAGCUCACGGAGAAAGCAAUGGUGUUAGUCUCCAAAGAUAUGGUGGAAUCCAGAAAGGCAUAUAGAGAAGCAGCUGGUGUUUUUGACUAUGUAUGUAAGAUUGGUCAUUACUGAUUGGUCAUAUAUCAAGAAGUUUCCGGAGUUAACUUCUCCCGUUUGCUCCUCUUUGAAGCUCAUUUGUUUAGCUGAAGGACAGGUCAGUUUUCUCAUUUUGCUUACAGUAGAUUGUGACUAAAGGCUAUAACCAACAUUGUCAGUUUUGGCUAUAACCAAAUAUUUUUGUGAUUGCUACAUGAACAAACUAGCAUUUUUUCACACACGGAUGUUGAUAAGUACCUUUAGGUUUUUUAGGGCUUUGUCCCUUACAUAAUAGGCUGUGACGGCAAAUAAGGCCAAAGAGAAGGGGACAAGUGCAAGUCUAGUGGCAAAGCUCCAUUACGGUGUCACACAAUUUGUUGCUGAAGCCAAUGCUUCUCUCUUAUCCAAAACUAACACCCAAGUUAAACAACUCUCAACACAAUUUUUGGUAAGUCCUUAUUCCUCGCAUAAUCUCGAAGAGCUUGCGUAGGAUCUUGAAUUAGAGUUUCUCAUGAUUUUGAUAAAAACAGGAUUAUGUGUCGACAUUGGGAGCUUUGCACGAGCUAAAGAGUGGAAAACACUUAGCUGAAAACUUGGAAUCGGAAGGGGAAUUAGGAGAAGAAGCCAUUGGAGUCUUGCGCCGUUCGUUGGCCAGAGCAAAACUUACGACUCAGUGCCGGAGUGACACGUGGAAUCGAUCUUCAAGAAGGAGAGAGAGCAGGUGAUUACAAUGAUGAACAAGUACGAGAGUUAAAAUGAAUCCAUGAUGCUUCAGUGUAUCCUUUUAGAAGCUGACUUGCCUACUCUUCAAGGUGAUAAAAUUGUAAAGCUAAUCCCUUAUAUUGACACCAAAUAGAUGAAAGAACUUAACUUUGAAUUCUUAUAAGAAACCAAGCUAAUCCCUUGCGUUUUUACGGGUUCUUCAUUUUUUUGGCGCCUGUUUUCUUAUUCAAAUACUAGUGAACAAAAAAAAAAAUUGAGCGAAGUGUGCAUUGAGAUUUUUGUUUUCUACGAAAAAAAUUAGUCAUAAUAAUUAAUGUAUAAAUUUAUACUCCCUCUGUUUUAUUAUUUUAUAAUUUUCUUUUUUCCUUAUUCCAAAGAUACUCUUCAGAUUUUCUAAUGGAAUUAUUUAUACAACACCAUGUUUCGCUGUACUGCAUUACAAUCAGAUCUGACAGCAAGAAUAUGCGUUUUAAUUAAUAACAUUUUAGCAAUAUAAAUAAAUAUUUUAGCAAAAACAGAAGAUGCUUCUGUACCUUUUAUUUUGGUUAAGAUGUUUUCGUACUACUUCCAUGAUAAAGGAUGUAAUCAAAGGAUACAACACUUGGAAUAUUUCCCACGAGGCACCAAUAAGAACCAUACUCAAAAAAAUUUUGGAUUUUGUUUCCAUCUAAUAACAUCAACGACUUUUAAUAUAGUCCAAAGUUGUCGGCAAAAAAUGAAAUAGUUUCCUAACAUUUUUAAAUUAUAAAGAAUUUGUAGUUUAUCUGAAUUCGGCUCAAUUUUUCGGUCACUAACCCAAAUUGCGUGCAAAUGUUAACAACACUCAACGAUGAGAUAACGAGCUUUCGUAACAAUAAAUUCCAAAAUUAAGUUUUAACUGAAUAAAUGAAUAUUAAUUAAGUCGUCUUGACCUAUAGUAAAAUAAUUCCAGCUGAAACU